AUGACUACUCCGACUACCUACCUUGUCACCGGUGGAAACCGCGGCAUUGGACGAGGCUUUGUCCAGACGCUACUACAAAGGGCAGCCACCAUUGUUAUUGCGGCCGUCCGAGAUCCGUCGAGCGCAUCAUCCAAGAGCCUACAAGACCUCCCAAAGGGCGCUGGCUCUAAGUUGAUCACUGUCAAGCUUGACUCCUCAAUCAGCACCGACGCCACCGAAGCGGUGACACAGCUUCGAACCGAAUACGGCCUCUCCUCGAUCGACGUCGUUAUUGCCAAUGCUGGUAUCUCGGCUGGUGGCGCGCCUGUCCGCCAGACAACCGCUGCGAACAUCGCUGAACAUUUCAUUGUAAACACAACUGGUCCUGUGACGCUCUUCCAGGCCACUACCGAUCUCCUCCAGGCUAGUAAGACCGGAAGCCCUGUCUUCGUCGCAAUCUCAACUCUUAUUGGGUCUAUUGGAUCCAUGGAAGCGCUUGCAGGCUUCCCGCCCACUCAAAGCCCAUACGGCGGGAGUAAGGCGGCCUUGAAUUGGUUUGUCCGUCGCCUUCACUUCGAAGAGCCUUGGUUGACGAGCUUUGUCUUCCAUCCAGGCCUGGUGGAGACGGAGCUUGCUCAUGCAGCCGUUGAAGGCUUAAGCAUCAAGCUCUCGGAUCUUGGCGCCAUUUCUGUCGAGACCAGCGUGUCUUCAAUGGUGAAGACUCUUGAUGCUGCUUCUAGAGAGACCAGUGGCACGUUCCAAAAUUAUGAUGGUUCUGUUUUGCCUUGGUAG